CCAGGUCGACUCAGUAUGGAACCUGGAACUGAGCCGCUGGGGGUCAGACACGGACCGUAGGGACAGGAAGAGCUUGGCUCAGGACAACUGCUGUUUCCACAUCCUUCUGGGAAAGCAGGUCCCUCCAAGAGUCCCUGCGCUCCUCUCGACACUCGCUGUCACCUGGGCGGCACGCACUAUGGAGGUUUGGCUCGUGGUACCACUUGCAGCACUGGCCUUGUUUCUUUCCCAUUUACCACAGUCCCAGAGCCAGCAGCCAGUGACCUGUCAGUGGGGUCCCUGGUCAGACUGGUCAGAGUGUGACGGCUGCUCUAAGUCUCAGACAAGACCACGCGGGGUCCGCACAUUUGCUCAGUUCGGAGGGACGCCAUGCUCAGGUGAGCGCAGCCAGAGAAGGAGCUGCAGCACCACUAGAGGCUGUCCUCUGCAGGAAGACUGCUCCGGCAGGUUCCGCUGCCAGUCAGGCCAGUGUAUCAGUGUGAAUCUCGUCUGCAACGGUGACCAGGACUGUGAAGAAGAUGGUCUGGAUGAACAGUUUUGUGAUGAGUCAACAGCCACAGCUGUGUGCGACGAACACAAGAUACCGCCCAACGCAGAGCUCACCGGUAAAGGGUUCGAUGUGCUGACAGGGAAGCUGAAGAGCAGCGUUAUCAACACUAAGAGCUUUGGUGGUCAGUGCAGAAAAGUUUUCAGCGGUGACCACAGGAACUUCUACAGGUUACCUCAAAGCUUGCUGGGAUAUACCUUUCAGGUGAGUGUGGACAAUGACUUCUCUGAUGAAUUCUACAACAGCUCCUGGUCCUACAUGAAGCAUAAUGACAACAGAGAGUGGUUCAAAGGGGGACACAACUAUCGGAUCUUUCACAAAGAGCUGAGCAACACCAAGGCCCACAGGUUGAUGAUAAUAAAGAACCAGGUGGAGGUGGCCCAGUUCCAGAACAGUCCUCCACAGUACCUCCCACUGUCUGAGGGCUUCUGGAAGGCUCUGUCUGCCUUGCCUGCCGUGUAUGAAUAUGAGGCCUACCGAACACUCCUAGAUACCUAUGGCACCCACUUCCUGUCCGAGGGCUCGUUGGGUGGCCAGUACCAGUUGCUGCUGGAGCUUGACACAGAGACGAUGAGCGAGACCAGUACCUCUCAGACUGACUACCACAGGUGUGUGACUCAUGUGAAGCGUCGGUUAUUCAGGAAGAAGACCACCACCAGAUGUGACAAACUUGUUGAGAACUUGAAGGAAACCAAAGGCUUCAGCAAUAAUAGGCUUCCUGUGAAGACGAACAUCAUCGGCGGUGACCCGGCUUUUGUAGCUGGGCUGGGGAUGUUGGACCUGGAAGACCCUGCUGCGAACAUGAAAAUGUACUCCCAGUGGGCAGGCUCUGUGAAGAUCUUCCCCCGAGUAAUCAAACCAAAGCUGCGGCCACUCUAUGAGCUUGUAAAGGAGGUGCCCUGCGCUACCCUGAAGAAGCUCCACCUGAAACGAGCAAUGGAGGAGUACCUGGAUGCAGACCACCCAUGCCACUGCCGCCCCUGCCUCAACAAUGGGCAGCCUCUGCUGGAAGGUACUGGAUGCAGCUGCGUCUGCAGACCGGACACAGCAGGCCAUGCCUGUGAGCAGGGCACCGUCCUCGAGGAACAGCCAGGAGUGCUUCAUGGGCUGUGGAGCUGCUGGUCCCCUUGGAGCUCUUGCUCUGGAGGUCAGCGGUUAAGGACUCGCUCCUGCAACAAUCCUGCACCAAGACUGGGAGGCCGACACUGUGUAGGAGAAUCCAGCGAGAGUCGUCCCUGUGAGGACCCAGAUCUUCAGCAUCUGCAAAUGAUGGAGCCGCACUGCUUUGAUCCAGCCGUAAUGCCGCUGAAGACUUGUAACACCCCACCCCCCCUAAGGAACGGAUUUAUUACGGAGCCCAAGGAUCUCUACCCAGUAGGCAGUAAAGUUACAUAUUCCUGCAUAGAGGGCUACCACCUGUUGGGAGAUGGAGUGGCAGAGUGCACGGAGCAGCAGAGCUGGAGGACUUACCUCAUGGAGUGUAGGAGUACUGUGUGCACGGCUCCUGCUCUUCCCUCUGAUGUCACUGCUGUCCCAUGGAAAAUGACCUAUGACAUCGGAGAGACACUUUCACUGUCGUGCCCCCCCGGGAAGGAGCGAACAGGACCAUCCGAGGUGUCAUGUGACUCGAGUCUCAACUGGUCUCCAUCGCUCAAGGACAGCAGCGCAUGUGUCACCAAGGUCAAACUGUUGCCCGAGAAGGUCACUCUGCAAUGCAAGGCCUGGGAGAAGCUGGCAGCGGACCAGUGUGUGUGCCGCAUGCCCUAUGAGUGUGGAACAUCUCUCGAAGUGUGUGCCACGAACAUGGAGAAUGGGCGAACAAAUGUACUGAGCGUGUGCAAAGUUGCCACCCUCCAGUGUUUGGGGCGGAGCUACGUGCUGGCUGAGGAGAGCGCUUGUGACUGGCCAGAACCUAAGGCCAUGCCUUGCUCCGCUUGUCGCCUGGAGGAGAAGUGUGAUGCACCCAGGAAGACGUGUGUGUGCCAGGACCCCGGAGAGUGUGCAGGUCAGGACCAAGGAGCCCGAGUGUGUGCCAAGCUGGCAGGCAGCUCUGCCGGCGUCACACUAACGGAGUGUGAGGUGGGGCUGCGGCGGUGCCAUGGAGAGAAGGUUUCCGUCGUCAGCAUCAGGCCUUGCGAGCCUUGAGGGGGACACCUGGGGAAAUGUUUCUCCUUUGUCGCAUUGGAAUAAAAUCCUCAUUUGAUUUUAGAUUUCAAUCACACAACGCAUGCAUUUUAUACAUGUAACAUGAGUGUUUCGUUUAGAAGGUGGUGGAAAUAAAGAUGGGAAAUAAAGAAAAAUUUCGAUCCA